CCAGUCAGACCUGACCGGGGCCCGCUCGCUGCCCUUUGUGCUCACCCACGCCUGCACGCCUCUGCCGCCCCACUGCUUUCCUGCCUUCCCCAGGGACCGGCAAACACAUCCCACUGGUGAGAGAUGGUACCUGCCUCUCGCUCCAUGCUGGGAGCUGUGGCUGAAGCCUGUAGGAUCACUGAUAGCCAGUGGUAGGAGGGUGGGCUUUUGCCUCUGUGGAUGUUACACGUUGUGAGUAGAGCAGCUGGUUCCUGGCUUUGCCCCCCUCGAGGUGUCCGUCAGCCCUGUGGUCCUGCAUCCACCAUCCUGCUUCUUCAGUGUCACCGGCCAGCGUGGGAGCUGAGGCUGGACAAUCAGGUCCCAUGUUGGCCCUCCCGUGCUGGGGAGUAGGAGGGUUUGGUGGCCAGCCCUGUCCCCGAGAGCUGGAGAUCCUGUGCCAAGGAUUGGCUGUGCUGGCCCGGCAGCAGCGCCUGAGGCGGCUGCCCUUGCCGAGAGAGCAGGAAGAUGAGCGGAGCUCCGGCACAUCUCCUGACAACUCUCUUCAUGGCAGCGGCAGCCGUGGGCUACCAUCGCUCUGCCACCGACCUGGAUGCCACCCCCAGGACAACGGUCUCCUUUGAUGAGCUGUCGGGAGUCCGGCGCUUCAAUGCGCACACCCUCAACUACAGCACCCUGCUGCUGGAGGACGACCGGGGCAUCCUCUACGUGGGCGCCAGGGGAGCCAUCUUUGCCCUCAACUCCAGUGACGUGGCUGACGGCUCCCACCACACGAUCCACUGGGAAGCCUCCCCUGAGAAGCAGAUGGACUGUCUGCAGAAGGGCAAAAACAACAAGACCGAGUGCUUCAACCACGUGCGGUUCCUGCAGCGGCUGAACAGCACCCACCUGUACGCCUGUGGGACCUACGCCUUCCACCCGCUCUGUGCCGCCAUCGAUGCAAACAGGUUCAUGUUGCCGUCCCACUUUGAGGAAGGCAAGGAGAAGUGUCCGUAUGACCCUGCCCGUGGCUACACCGGCCUCAUUGUGGAUGGAGGCUUGUACACAGCAACACGCUACGAGUUUCGGAGCCUCCCUGACAUUCGGAGGAACCUGCACCAGAGGCCACUGAAAACAGAGGAGUCCCCGCUGCACUGGCUGAAUGAUGCCGAGUUUGUGACCUCUGUGCUGGUCCGGGAGAGCAAGGACAGCCCUGUGGGUGAUGAUGAUAAAAUCUACUACUUCUUCAUGGAGCGGGCAGGAGAGGAGACCACAUCCUUCUUUGACAAGAGUCAGGUGGCCCGAGUGGCCCGGGUGGCCCGUGUCUGUAAGAGCGAUGUUGGGGGCAAGAAGAUUCUGCAGCGCAAGUGGACAUCCUUCAUGAAGGCACGCCUGGUCUGCUACAUCCCCUACUACGAGGUGCUGCGCAGUGUCUGCAGCCUGGAUGGGGGCAACUGGGCCAGCACUGUCUUCUAUGCUGCCUUCACACUCUCAGCACAGUGGAGGACCAUGGAGGCCUCAGCCGUGUGCCGCUACAACAUCUCGGCAGUGCAGCGUGCCUUCGAGGGCCCCUACAUGGAGUACCAGGACUGGGCUCGCAAAUGGUCCCGCUACGACGGUGCAGUGCCCGAGCCCCGGCCCGGCUCCUGCAUCACGGACCACUCCCGCAGGAAGGGCUACAACUCCUCGCAGGACCUGCCCAACAGUGUCCUGGACUUUGUCAAGCUGCACCCACUCAUGUUUGAGGAGGUGAAGCCAGCCGGCGGGGAGCCGCUCCUGGUGAAGAAGAACGUGGUGUACAGCCAGCUGGCUGUAGACAGGGUGCAGGCCCUGGAUGGCCGCUCAUACGAUGUGCUCUUCAUGGGUACGGGGGAUGGCUGGAUCCACAAGGCUGUGGUGGUGAACUCUGGCAUCCACAUUGUGGAGGAGGUGCAGGUGUUCAGGGACCUGCAGCCUGUGGAGAGCCUGGUGAUCUCCCACAACCAGAGGAGCCUGUAUGUGGGAGCAGCCAGCGGGAUUGUGCAGGUGCCCCUGGCCUCCUGCGCCAGGUAUGCCUCCUGCUAUGACUGCAUCCUCGCCCGGGACCCCUACUGUGCCUGGGAUGGCAGGGCAUGCCGCACCGUCACCACCACAGACAGCAUAGGGCUGGUGCAGGACAUUCAAAGUGGAAACAAGGGAUGCCGGAGCAGCUCUGGACGGGUGCGUGUCCCCGCAGGUUCCCUGCUGUGGAAGAACCGGACAGUGCUGCAGGGGGAUGAUGUGCUGCUGCCCUGUGACCAGCGCUCCAACCUGGCCCGAGCUGUGUGGUUGCUGAACGGCAGCGAAGUGCUGGGCACGGGGCAGGACCGGCUGCGUGUGGGGGUGGAUGGGCUGCUGGUGACAGACACGCUGCCCCAGCACAGCGGCGAGUACCACUGCUACGGGGAGGAGCAGGGUCUCCGGACCCUGCUGGCUGCCUACAGCCUCACCGUGCUGCCCGAGCUGCCCCGCAGCCCUACAGCUGCGCCAUCGCCCCAUGCUGCCAGCCAGGCGAUCAACGACACAAAGGUGGCUUACAUCUCCGCCAUCGUCACCUUGGUGGUGCUCUGCACCGUGCUCAGCACCAUUCUCCUGUACAUGUCCUGCCUGGAGAAGCGCAAGGGCAAGUACGUGCUGGGGGAGCCGCGGCCAGCCAGCGUGGAGCUGCAGACCGUCUCGGCCAACUGCCUGCGCAAGGGCCACCGGGAGGAGGAGGAAGAACAGCUCACCUACCCUGAUGGCUGCCUGCGGAUCAUCCCUGGCGAGGCACCCACAGCUGCCACCUCCCCAGUCAAGGAGCUGCCGGUUGCCGUGCCCCCACUGCCGCCCCCGCUGCCGACCGAGCUCACCAACGGUGUGGGGGCUCUGCCCAAUGUCCUCCGCAAGAUGAAUGGCAACAGCUACAUGCUGCUGCAGCAGCAGGAGGAGCCACUGGCCUCCCCACUCUACAGUGCAUCCUUCACCGAAGAGCUCAGCAAAAUUUUGGAGAAGCGAAAACACACGCAACUGGUGGAAAAGCUGGAUGAGAGCUCCGUGUAGGGGCUGGGGAGGGGGGUCCUGCCAGUGGGACCCUCCUCCCCUCCAGCCCCUUUUCCCAUCCUUUGCCAGCAGUGUUACAAGACUCAGGCAAAACUACCUCCUGGAUGGCAGAGCUGGGCCGGGCCCGGGCUCGGCCACUCCUUUGGCUUUUCAUUCACUUUUGAGACUCGCUCUACAGAAAAAAAGUAUCUAUUUAAAUUUGGAGCUCUAUUUAUGUAUAAAAACUCACUGACGGUGGCCACGAGCUGGAGACAGGAGCUGGCACCUGGCUGAAGGUGGACACCAUGGGGAAGGAGAGUUUUUGUCUGUUCAUCCAGGCGUGAGAGACGCUGUUGUGGGUGUAUGGACUUGGCCAGCCCUGCUGGGCAUCUUUUGGCACACAGGAGCUGGAUAGCUGCUGAGAGGGUACCCCCUCUGUGAGAGGAUGGUUUGGCGAGGGACAAGAGAUAGGGAGAGGAGCUGAUGUCCUGAAUACCCUGGAGCAGCUGGUGAAGGGGCAUGUGCCUACUGCGAAGAGGCCACAGGGCACUGGAUGCAGCAGCAGAUAGCAAGAUGCACUGGCAGUAGGACUGGCAGCCACCACCGUGCCCUACAGUGUGACAAGGGACCAGUGCACGAUCCACAUGCCUGUGAUAUCUGCAGUGCCCCUGUGCCUCCAAGCACAAAGCGUCUCUGCCCUCCUGUGCAGCACUGUUGAUGAACUGGGGUUCAGGCACAGCCCUGUCACCCAUGGGAAAAUGCGUGGGCAGGGAAAUGUCCUCACACAGUGAGGAAGAAGAGCCUUGGACAAGGGCCUGCCUCCCUCUGGAGCCUUCUCUCAUGGCACUUUCCAGGAGAAGCCAUGGUCCCUAAAUCCUCUCAACUGUUUCUGCUUCUGCCACCUUCUGGGGGAACCUGAGAGAUGGGGGUGACAAAAGCAUCUCAUGCUCCAGGGACAGUGUGGUGACACUGGAGAAGCGGGGGAGGGAUACAUCCUCCCCCAUGUUCCUUGCUCGUACCUCCAUGAUCAGGACGUUGCCAAGGGCUCAGCCCUGCAGGGGAAACAGGAGAGGGGUGAAAACCCCUGGGGUCCCUCAUGAACUACAGCUCAGGCCUCCGACUCCAGGAGAGUGAGGCUUAGCAGGAAAAGGCAAGAGUUGCACACUCUGCUACCCUGCCCCAGCCCUUGUCUUUGCUGCAAGGGGGCGUGAGCCACCCCCAAGGACUACCCCAAGGACCACCCCCAACGCCCAAGGAGGGGCAUCACUCUGUGUCUGGCACUCCUCAUGCACAGCUCCCCAUUCCCCCCAGCAAUAAAAAUGGCUCUGUCUGGA